AUGGUACAACUGUCCGCACAUCUUCUCUUCGUCCCCCAUGCUGACCUUGCGCUGCAGAACCCCGUCAACUACAACAACUGCGGCUCCUCUUCCUGCGGCUGCGGCGCCAGCUGUGCCUGCAAGCCCGGCGAGUGCAAGUGCUAAACGUCUCACCGCCAGCGUAACCUGUGAAAUAAGUCUGAACGGAAUGCUGCCUUUGUAACAUAUGAAUAACCCACAAAUGCCAAUCAUGGAUUCGUUCUGAAA